AUGUCAAGCACCACAUUUGAAGGCUGGCUUGGAAAGGACAAGGAGGCCGUCAAUGGCAAGAUGGAAUGGGGCCAAUUCGAGCCCAAGAAGUGGACCGAAGACGACGUGGACAUUCAAAUCUCGCAUUGCGGAAUCUGCGGAUCUGAUCUACACACAUUGAAGUCUGGAUGGGGCGAGACUCCCUACCCCUGUGUCGUCGGCCACGAAAUCGUCGGCAAAGCCGUCAAAGUCGGCAAAAACGUCACCCACAUCCAACCCGGCGACCGCGUCGGCGUCGGCGCCCAAGCCCGCUCCUGCCUGCAACCCGACUGCCCGGACUGCAGCCAGCAUCUCGAGAACCACUGCCGGCGCGGAAACGUCGGGACCUACGCGGGCAUCUACCCGGGCGACGAGGGGAAAUCCUAUGGCGGGUAUGCGACGCACAAUCGCAGCCAUGGCCACUUCGUGCUGCGUAUCCCCGACGGGCUGGAUAGCGCGGAUGCGGCGCCCAUGCUGUGCGGCGGCAUCACUGUGUAUUCGCCGCUCAAGCAGAAUGGGUGUGGACCCGGGAAGACGGUGGGAAUCGUGGGUGUAGGCGGCCUCGGCCAUUUCGGCGUGUUAUUUGCAAAAGCACUCGGGGCGGACAAAGUGGUGGGGAUUAGUCGCAAGGCGGAGAAGCGGGAGGACGUGUUGAAGCUGGGUGCGGAUCAGUACAUUGCUACGGAUGAGGAUGAGGACUGGGCUAAACAUAAUGCCCAAACGCUUGAUCUGAUUGUGUGUACGGUGUCGAGUGCAAAGAUGCCGUUGGAUGGCUAUUUGCGCUUGCUCAAGACAAAGGGCACGCUGAUUCAGGUUGGGGCACCGGAUGGGGGGGAGUUGCCUCCUAUCAAUGCGUUUACGCUGCUCAUGAGUGGUAUUAAGAUUGGGGGUAGUGGUAUUGGAGCGCCGAGCGAGAUUGCCGAGAUGUUGCAGCUCGCUGCUGAUAAGAAGAUUAAGCCGUGGGUGCAGAAGAGGAGUAUGAAGGAGGCGAAUCAGGCCGUGCUUGAUAUGACGGCUGGUAAAGCGAGGUACAGGUAUGUUCUUGAGAACUAG